GCCCCCCUCUCUCUCCCUCUCACUGCAUCGCAGUCGCCUCCGCUCACGCACACGCUCACACGACCGCUCGCACACGGACUCCAGCCACUUGGACGAUGCUCUGCCGGGACUUAUGGCUGCCCCUGCUGCUCGCUGCCGCCGCCCUGGGGGCCGCCCUGUCCCCUGCCACCGACAUCAACAUCAUGCAAGCUCUGCCCCUGCAGCUGCCUGAUCCCAGCCAGCCAAUCUCCUGUCCACUAUUCUGGACCGAGUUCGAGGGCCACUGUUACCGCUUCUUCCCCCUGAACCGCACCUGGGCCGAGGCCGACCUUUACUGUGCCGAGUUCUCCAACGGGGCCAGGUCUGCCAAGCUCACCUCCAUCCACAGCUGGGAGGAGAACGUGUUUGUCUAUGACCUGGUUAACAGCCGUGUUCCUGGGAUUCCCACGGACAUAUGGAUCGGCCUGCAUGACCGCAGACAGGAGGGAACCCUGGAGUGGACUGACGGCUCGCAGUAUGAAUACAGCUACUGGGAUGGGAACCAGCCAGAUGAUGGGAUCCAUCGCAUUCCCACCGAGGAGGACUGUGUGGAGAUUUGGUACCGACAGAACAGUGCUCUGAGGUCCUGGAACGACAACAGCUGUGACAGGGCCUUCCCCUUCGUCUGCAAGAUCCCCUCCCAGGACCGCUAGUCUGCCAGGGACCCCCCUGGACCCGCCCUCCUCCCCCUCCGUGACAACAGGAUCAAAGCAGGGUCACUGUCGACUUCCUCUCUACCCGGGCAGCACACUUCCAUCUGGACGCUCGAGGAACAGGGACUCCUCCGCUGCCGGUUCGCCACCCUCCCCAGCAUUCUUCCGGGCCUCAUUUCAGGCUCCGGAUUCAUCCUCAGGACUUGGCUUUCGGGCUGGAAUCCACUCGACUGUUAGCAUCACCAGCAUAUCAGCAUCAUACGGUUUUGCGAGGUUUAUAAAGUAAUGUCUCCUCAUGGCUGCGGCUCUCGCCUGGUAGGAGCCGGUGGGAGCCAGUCAGAGCCGGUCUAAGCAGAACACUGGGAAGGACCUUCAGAUUCUAGGCCGCUGGCUGUUGGGACUGCACACCCCACUGUCCGCUGAACAAUUCCUGAAUAAUUUGGAUAAGCAUCAGGAUGACUAACGAUUAUAUCAAGCACAGCGUGAUGCACUCAAAUAGCUCAGCUGGCUGCAACAGUUAUGAAAAGGCAUUUGUUUCUGCUGGAUUUCAUUUAUGGUUGUAUUAUUGUAAUGAUCCCUCCCCUUAAAGGAAAAAUCUUUUCUGAUUGGUUGCAUUUAUGGUUACGCUUUGCUGUCGAUUCCUCCCCAUUAAGGAAUACAAAGGUAACACUUGGCUUCUGGCUGUUGUCAUGUCAGUUUGCACAUUCACUUAUAGAUAGAUAGAGAUACUUUAUUUAUCCAGUAGCUUACACACAGUAUACAUACACAUAGGCGCACAAACCUAUGAGAUUCACGCACACAUACAUACUGCAACAGUACAAAUGAAAAUAACAGGAGGGCAGUGUACUAUACAGGCCUAAACACUUAAGUCCAUCACACUCCUCCCCUUCCAUGUGACGUUGAAGAGCUGUAUGGCACUAGGGACAGAUUAACUAAUCCAGUAUAAACGGGAAGGUGAGAGUUUGUGAAAGGUAGGAUUAAAGACACAAAGAUGAAUAACACAAAGAAAAACUAAGCAGCUGAAGGUCACUUUUGAGCACUUGUAGUAAUUAAAGUUUCAAUGGACAAGCGCUCAAUUAAAAUUGAUCAUUAAUCAGUAGACGUAAAAGCAACCUGGGAUUGAUCAUCCUGUUUCUUCCUAUUGAUUUUGUCAUUGUAAAGACACAUGACAACUA